AUGGCUCUGUUGAGAUUGCUGGCCGUCCUGGCCAUGGCAACUUCGGUUGCCACAGCUGCCAACCCAACAACCUCCGACGACAUGGGACCUGCGGCCUUUAUGUGGCCGGAAGACAGAGUCUGGUCUGCCGCUGCUGAUAAUACUGCGCCUUGCGGAUCAGUCGCUCGUGUGGGCAACCGCACCAAUUUCCCGCUGACCAAUGGUCAGGUUGCUCUUGUUGAUCAAAAGGAAGCCCAUAGCGUCCAACUAAGUAUUUCGUACGAUGACGAUCCCAAGGAAGACAAUGACUUCACAACACUUAUAAAGCCCGAGGCUAUGGCUGAGUUGGACAAGGGACACACUUGCGUGAACGUCCAGAAUCCACCACCCUUCAUCAAGGCUGGAGCGAACGCCACUUUCCAGAUCAAAUACGUAGCCAGCUUUGACAAGCCCGACAAGGAGACGUUUUACGCGUGUGCCGACAUCACCUAUGUCGAGUUUGCCAACUUCAAGGAGAAGGUUCCGUGCUUCAACGCCACAGUGCCCGAGGACAGCAAAAAGGAUACCCCUACGCCCACAUCAGACGCGUCCAAGAACUCGGGCUCUGCGAGUUCCGGUCUCUCUGGCGGCGGCACCGCUGGCGUUGUCAUCGGCGUUGUUGGCGGCGUGGCACUGAUUGCCGUCGCUGCCUUGCUCAUUUACAGACGAAGGCAGCAGCGUCUGCGGAUGUUGCGACAGAAGUUCUCUCCUCGAAAUAUAAAACCGGAUGGGCAGCAUAGGGAUUCGCCCUCUGUUCGAAGCGAAUCAGCGUAG